AUGGAUGCGAGAAAAUGGCAUCCAAGUUGGGUCCUUCAAGGGCCUCACGCUGGCAUUCCGGGCCCCCGAUGGACCGUUGAAGGAACCCCUAGCUCGUCUCGCAAAGGCGCACAAGGCCACGGAAGCAGUUAUUCUGAUCGCCUGGUUGCUUCAGGACAAAGUUGUUGCCGUUACCACCACCUAAAAACCAGAGAGGUUGGAAGAGUAUGCAAAUGCUUUGUUGACUAGCUUAACUCCAGGGGAGCUCAAGGAAAUUUCGGAUGUUGGAAAUACGUACCAUUUCCGCAUGGCUUGGGGCGAGCAUUACGAGGAUGACGAUCGCUCAUAA